AUGAAGAAGGACAUUUAUAAAUUUUUUAUCAUUUUUUUUACUCUGGCCAUAUUCGAAAUACGGGAAAGUUUAUCGAUCGAUGUGAAUGAAGAAGACGAACGACAACAACAACAACAACAACAACCAAAAAUUCAAAAUGGUUACAGACUUCCGGAUAAUAUUUAUCCAGAAUAUUACAGAGUUGAAAUAUUAACUAAUCUCGCGGAUUUAUCGAAAAAUUACACGUUCGAUGGAAGAGUUUGGAUUAUGAUGAAAUGCGUUAAACCGACGGAUAAAAUAAUAUUACAUUCGAAAAAUUUAAAUAUCGAAAAUGAUAAAGUAUUCGUGUCUCAAUUAAAUUAUCAAUUUAAAACCGAAGAUUUGAAUCCGGGGAGAAACUGUCGUCAGAAUUGUGACGACGAUUCUCGAACGAUAAAAAUAACCAAUAAAUAUUAUGUUGACGAAUAUGAAAUGUACGUCAUUGAAAUGGCGGAAAAUUUACAAUCGAACGCAUAUUAUUCGUUAUCGAUAACGUACAAUGGAGAACUCACGCAGGGUUUGGCCGGAUAUUACCGAAGCAGUUAUAAAGAUUUGAAAACGGGAGAAACAAAAUGGUUGGCAGUAACGCAAUUUGAAAGCACCGACGCGAGAAGGGCUUUCCCUUGUUUUGACGAACCCGGUUUCAAAGCAAAAUUUCAAGUCAAUCUCGGACAUUCAAAUCGUUAUCAUUCGAUAAGUAACAUGAGAAUCGUUUCCUCCAUUCCCGUAGAUAACUUACCUGGUUGGAUUUGGGAUCAAUAUGAAGUCACGGUACCCAUGUCCACGUAUUUAUUAGCAUUCGUCGUUUCGGAUUUUAGUUAUAAAAUGUCUCCAAAAUCUCCCACGAACGAUGUCCUCUUUAGAGUCUGGGCAAGAAGUGAUGCUUUGAAUCAAGUUGAUUAUGCAUCCCUCGUCGGUCCUCGAGUAUUGUCGUAUUUCGAAAAAUAUUUCGAUGUCAAAUAUCCGCUUCCGAAAAUGGACAUGAUAGCGAUUCCAGAUUUCAAUGCUGGCGCCAUGGAAAAUUGGGGACUUGUGACGUACAGGGAGGUAGCCUUAUUGUACGACAGUGAAAUUUCAACAGCGUCUAGCAGACCUUACGUCGCAUCGGUUAUAGCACAUGAAUUAGCACAUCAAUGGUUUGGUAAUCUCGUCACAAUGAAAUGGUGGACCGACUUAUGGUUGAAUGAAGGAUUUGCCACUUACGUUGCCGCAUUGGGAGUUGAUUAUUUGCAUCCGCAAUGGGAUUCGUUAGAUGAAGAAAUCGUCGAUAUCAUGAUGAGCGUAUUUUCUUUAGAUUCGUUAAAAUCUUCUCAUCCGAUUUCCGUACCCAUCGGUCAUCCGAGAGAAAUAGCACAAAUAUUCGAUACGAUAUCUUAUAAAAAAGGUUCAUUCGUUUUGAGAAUGAUGAAUUUAUUUUUGGGAGAAAACACGUUUAGAAUCGGAGUCAGUAAAUAUUUGAAAAAACACGCUUUCGGUAAUGCCGAACAAGAUGAUUUGUGGGAAAGUUUAACUACGGAAGCUCACAGAACGCAAAGUUUACCUUAUUUUAUGACGGUGAAAAACAUUAUGGAUAGUUGGACUCUACAAACUGGGUAUCCUCUCAUAACCGUUUCGAUAAAUUACGAUACAUGCACGACAAUGGUUUAUCAGAAAAAGUUUUUGAAAGUUAAUAAUGGAGCGGAAGAAGAUGACACUAAAUGGUGGGUACCUUUAAGUUACACUUGGGAAUCUCAAGGAGAUUUUAAUAAUACUCAACCUAAAGCUUGGAUACCGAACACAGAGGAUAGCGUGAUGAUAAACAAUCUUUCUUGUUCCGGUUGGGUUAUUUUCAAUAUAAAAAUAUCAGGUUUAUACAGGGUGAAAUACGACGAAGAAAAUUGGAACAGGCUCGUAAAAGCAUUACUAACGAAUCACGACAGCAUUGCUGUGUUAAACAGAGUUCAACUCAUAGAAGAUUCUUUGGAAUUAGCAAAAACAGGAGAUAUUUCGUACACGAUUCCCUUCAACAUAUUAUGUUAUUUAGAAAAAGAAACGGAAUAUUUACCCUGGAAAACUGCACUUAAAAAUUUAGGUUACAUAGAUAAAAUGCUUCGACGAUAUUCGAGUUAUGGACUUUUCAGAGUAUUCAUGAAACGUUUAUUGAAUAAUAUUUACGAAAAUACUAAAAAUGUCGAGUACGAAAACAUACCGGAAAAUUUAAAUAAAAUUCAACAUCAAUCGUUGAUAGCGGCUUGGGCAUGUAAAUUUGAAAUCGGUAGCUGUAAAGAAAGGGCUUUGGUAUAUUUUCAAGCAUGGAUGAAAACAAAAUAUCCGGAUGUGGAAAAUCCUAUUCCGAGAGACUAUCGUUCUCACAUUUAUUGUGCGGCAAUUAAAUAUGGCGGAGAAAAUGAAUGGAACUUUUUAUGGAACAGAUAUUUAAAUUCAAACGUUGGAAAUGAAAGAAAUUUAAUACUUAGCUCGUUAGUUUGCACGAGGGAAAUGUGGAUAUUGAAUCGUUACCUUGAAUGGUCCCUGGAUGAAAGUUCCGGUAUAAGAAAGCAAGACAGCACGACGGUAUUUGCUGGAAUUGCCAGAGGAGAUAUCGGUUACUAUUUGGCCAAAUCAUUUCUUAAUUCUCGAAUUGCUGAUAUUUAUGAAUUUUUCGGACCGAAAACGACCAGAAUAGGUACUUAUGUUAGUGCUCUUGCAAAUAGAAUAACCACAAACAAUGAACUCGAGGAAUUAACCGAAUUCACAGAAAAAAAUAAAAAAUACCUUCUUCAUUCGCAACAAGCCAUACAACAAAGUUUGGAAAAUGCAAAAAUUAAUAUUCAUUGGCAAACAAAAUUUUAUGAUUUACUUACUAGUUAUUUAAAAGGUCAAAAAAUGUAA